UCCUGUGACCUUUAACCCUGAAGCCUCCUCAUCAUCACCGGCACUGUGAAGGUAUCACUUCCCAUUCUUAGGGUUUCUACAAACAUAAUUAUGGAAACAUUACUUCAGUUCACUCAUGGGUUGCAGUGUUGCCCCCUGCAGGCCAGAUGGUGUUGCCCCCUGCAGGCCAGAUGGCGGUAUUGCCCCCUGCAGGCUGGGCGGCGUUGCCCCCUGCAGGGCAGGGGGUAUUGCCCCCUGCAGGGCAGGCGGUAUUGCCCCCUGCAGGACGGGCGGUAUUGCCCCCUGCAGGGUGGCAGUGUUGCCCCCUGCAGGGCAGGCGGUAUUGCCCCCUGCAGGACGGGCGGUAUUGCCCCCUGCAGGCUGGGUGGUGUUGCCCCCUGCAGGCUGGGCGGUGUUGCCCCCUGCAGGCUGGGCGGUGUUGCCCCCUGCAGGGCAGGCGGGCGGUGUUGCCCCCUGCAGGGCGGGCGGGGUUGCCCCCUGCAGGACGGGCGGUGUUGCCCCCUGCAGGGCAGGCUGUAUUGCCCCCUGCAGGGUGGCAGUGUUGCCCCCUGCAGGGCAGGCAGUAUUGCCCCCUGCAGGCUGGGCGGCGUUGCCCCCUGCAGGCUGGGCGGUAUUGCCCCCUGCAGGACGGGCGGGAUUGCCCCCUGCAGGCUGGGCGGUAUUGCCCCCUGCAGGACGGGCGGUGUUGCCCCCUGCAGGGCAGGCUGUAUUGCCCCCUGCAGGGUGGCAGUGUUGCCCCCUGCAGGGCAGGCAGUAUUGCCCCCUGCAGGCUGGGCGGCGUUGCCCCCUGCAGGCUGGGCGGUAUUGCCCCCUGCAGGACGGGCGGGAUUGCCCCCUGCAGGGCAGGCGGUAUUGCCCCCUGCAGGCUGGGCGGCGUUGCCCCCUGCAGGGCAGGCGGUAUUGCCCCCUGCAGGCUGGGCGGUAUUGCCCCCUGCAGGACGGGCGGGAUUGCCCCCUGCAGGGCAGGCGGUAUUGCCCCCUGCAGGCUGGGCGGUAUUGCCCCCUGCAGGCUGGGCGGCGUUGCCCCCUGCAGGACGGGCGGCGUUGCCCCCUGCAGGCUGGGCGGUGUUGCCCCCUGCAGGCUGGGCGGUGUUGCCCCCUGCAGGGUGGCAGUGUUGCCCCCUGCAGGGCAGGCAGUAUUGCCCCCUGCAGGCUGGGCGGCGUUGCCCCCUGCAGGGCAGGCGGUAUUGCCCCCUGCAGGCUGGGCGGCGUUGCCCCCUGCAGGACGGGCGGCGUUGCCCCCUGCAGGUUGGCGGUGUUGCCCCCUGCAGGACAGGCAGUGUUGCCCCCUGCAGGGUGGCGGUGUUGCCCCCUGCAGACUGGGCGGCGUUGCCCCCUGCAGACUGGGCGGUGUUGCCCCCUGCAGGCUGGGCGGCGCAUUGCAGUUUUAAACUCCCUCAUGUUUCUGUCGGCUGGAACCAUCUGAGAAAAACCUAAAGGUGGAAUGUGAAGAUCUUCUGUCGCGUUUUAAAGGUGGAAUAUAAAGUUUUAAACAUUUUAGUGAUUCUGCCUGCAGGACGUCGGAUCAGAUCCGAUCAGCUGCAGGAAGUAAAGAAGGAAUCUUUUAAAAAGAGCAAAACUGAGUCAUUUAAGGCAGAAUCCUAAAAGGACUUAAAGCAAAUGGGUCGGAUCCUGUUUGGUUCUGCUGCUUCUAACGCUUCUAAUUUCAUAUCAGCAUUAAUAACUAAUGUAAAUACAUCUGAAAUACACUCUGUACCGUUCUGUUGGUUUUUGCAGCGCUGCGUUUGUGAGCUCGUUUAAAAACUUUACAAAUCACGUCCCAUACUCCUCGAUUUUUCUUCUCAGUUUCUGAUGUUUCAGUUUGGAGAUUCAUCACAGCUGGGGUCCGUCUACGGAAGCUCUUAGGGACAAACUCACCGAAACAGUUUCUACGCAGGAUGUAAGCGAGUUUACGCUGGUUUUCAGUGUUUCUGUUGCUUAAUAAAAACGCUUCACACCGAA